AUGGCCUCUAUUGCGAUGGUGAAGACAGAGAAACGAUCUGCCCCUAAUUCUAUGGAUGGUGACAUGGUGACUAAAAAAGCCAGAAAGUUACUUCCUAGUCUGAAGACUAAGCGAGCUCCUGAGCUGGUGCUGGUUAUUGGCACAGGAGUGAGCUCAGCAGUGGCUCCUCAGGUCCCAGCACUGCGUUCAUGGAAAGGACUGAUUCAGGCACUACUAGAUGCUGCCAAUGAUUUUGACUUGUUGGAGGAAGAGGAGAGCCGGCCCUUUCAAAAGAGUUUACAGGAGGAUAAGAACCUAGUGCAUGUUGCCCAUGACCUUAUUCAGAAACUUUCUCCGCGGACAGGUAAUGUGCGCUCCACCUUCUUCAAGGACUGCCUAUAUGAAGUGUUUGAUGAUUUGGAGUGCAAGAUGGAGCAUUCUGGGAAACACCUACUGGGAUCAGUGCUCCAGCUGAUGGAGAGUGGUGCACUUGUCCUCACCACUAAUUUUGACAAUCUUCUUGAGAUCUAUGCAGCUCAUCAAAGCACAAGGUUGGAAUCUCUGGACCUCACUGAUGAGAAAAAGGUCCUGGAAUGGGCUCAGGAGAAAAGAAAGCUGAGUGUGCUUCAUAUCCAUGGUGUUUACACAAACCCUAGUGGCAUUGUUCUACAUCCUGCUGGUUACCAGAAUGUUCUAAGAAACACUGAAGUCAUGAGGGAGAUCCAGAAGCUGUAUGAGACCAAAUCAUUCGUGUUCUUGGGGUGUGGCCGGACUGUGGAUGACACAACCUUCCAGGCUCUGUUUUUAGAAGCAGUUAAGCACAAAUCUGAUCUGGAGCACUUUAUGCUGGUGCGCAGAGAGGAUGUUGGAGAGUUCAAGAAACUCCGUGACAAUAUGCUUGACAAGGGCAUUAAGGUCAUUUCAUACGGCAAUGAGUACGCCGACUUGCCUGAGUACUUCGAGCGGCUGGCUAAUGAGAUCUGCAACAGGGGUGUGAUAACUAAUGGAUGGGGUGCUCCGGUUUCUUCCCACAGAGAAAACUGA